GCUCUGAGCAACGCCAAGGUGCAAUCCACGGAUUGCUAGGGCCUAGGCAUAUGCCCUAGACCGCUGCCCUCUCGCCCUGCCGCGCCGUUUGGGUGCUGUUGAUUCAUCAAAUCGAUCAGCGCACUUACCACGGCCCAUCGUGCGACAUGGAGGUGCUGCGGAGCUCCCUGACCUUCUCACCGCGCACAGCGUUGGUGGCUGGGAGAACAGCCUAUCGCUAUGCCGACCUCGUGUCCUCCGGCCUGGCUGCCUGCCGCCAGAUGGAGGCCAGCGGGCCGCCGCCGCCGCCGGCCACACCCGGCCACGCGUCGACCAGGCGCGAUGGCCCGAGGGUGGCGCUGUUUUGUGACCCUGGCGUGGACUAUGUGGCUGGCAUGUACGCCGCCUGGAUGCACGGCGGCAUCGCGGUGCCGCUGGCGGCGCAGCACCCAGACAGGGAGCUGUCGUAUGUGUUGGAGGAUGCAGAGUGCUCCACUGUUCUCGUCAGUGAGCAGCACGCGGAGAGGCUGCACAGCCUGGCACAGCCCCUGGGAGCCGAGGUGAUUGUUGUGGAGGCGCAAGCGGCGGCGCCAGAGGGAGAGGAGGAGGGGGCGGCGGUGCAGCAGAGGUUGGAGGGCCAGCAGGCGGAGGAUGGGGCCCUGAUUAUUUACACCAGCGGCACCACGGGCAAGCCAAAGGGCGCGCUGCACAGCCACGGCAGCCUGGCGGCGCAGAUUGGCACGUUGUGCGCUGCAUGGCAGUGGCAGCAGCAGGACAGGAUCCUGCACACGCUCCCUCUCCACCACAUCCACGGCAUCGUCAAUGCCCUACUGUGCCCGCUGUAUUCAGGCGCCUGUGUGGAGAUGGUUCCCAAGUUCAUGCCCACCGAUGUCUGGCAGCCCAUGCGCUGGUGGCCAUCGUGCCUGCUGGCUUCCAACAUUUAUUUGCAGCGGACUCCCGAUGCUGUGAGUGUGUUCAUGGGAGUGCCGACCAUGUACAGCCAGCUGCUGAGUCUCUACGAUUCCAUGCCGCCAUCGGAGCAGCAGGAGGCUGAGGCGGCAGCAAAGAGGCUGCGCCUGACGGUGAGCGGGAGCGCGGCAUGCCCCACGCCCAUCAUGCAGCGCUGGGAGCAGCUAUCAGGCGAGCGCCUAUUUGCUGGGCGGCCUGGCCUGCCUGGGGAGCUGCCUGGCACCAGCUCAGGGCAUUCGAUGAGCUGCGGGGAGCGGCGGCCGGGCGCCGUUGGGCAGCCUUUCCCCGGGGUGGAGGCGCGGAUUGCGGACAAGGAUGGCGGCGAUGCCGGCGCAGGGCCUGGCGAGCUCCGCGUGAAGAGCGCCCAGCUGUUCCGGGAGUAUUGGAAGCGGCCAGAGGCCACGGCCGAGACGUUUGACGAGCAGGGCUACUUCAUGACUGGGGACACGGCGGUACUGGAGGAGGGUGGCUACUUCCGCCUGCUUGGCCGCACCUCUGUGGACGUCAUCAAGUCAGGAGGCUACAAGAUCUCCGCCCUGCACAUCGAGUCGGUGCUGCUGGAGCACCCAAAGAUUGCAGAGGCCGCAGUCAUGGGGCUGGCAGACCAGGCAUACGGCGAGGUCAUCGCUGCGGUGGUGGCCCUCAAGCCUGCCGCGCAGGCGGCGCAGCCGCAGCCCGAGGCGGGCAGCGCCGGCGCGGCGCCGACCCUGUCGCUGCCAGAGCUGCGGGCAUGGCUGAAGGAGCACCUGCCGCCCUACCAGCUGCCACGGCGGCUCAAGGUGGUGGAGGCCAUCCCCAGGAACCAGAUGGGCAAGGUGAACAAGAAGGAACUCAGGGCAGCUCUGUUCCCAGCUAAAUCUGCCACGUGAGAACCCCUGUGCCUGGUUAUCGAUGUAGCAUUGUCGAGCAAACUGAGGGCAGCACUUUUGCCUGCGAAAGCGCCGGGAGGCCCGAUUUGUUCAGCACUGUCAUUCGUCGAGCAACUGUUCAAUGUUUUUGUAAGAUACAUGUAAUCAGAAUCAAC